AUGGGUAUUGAUUGGAUACAAACCAAUUCAAAAAAUGAACAAUUAACCUUCUUAGCAUCAGUUGAUAAUUGGCCUUCCUCAACAAGAACAGAGGUGUUGGCUAUAAUAUCUGCAAUACUUGACUCUCCACCUGAGAGUAAAAUUAUCAUAUUAAGUGAUAUGAAAGUAUAUGAUGGUAUUUUCUUUAAUGAAAAAGUAGACAUUUUAGUAAAGUUAGGUUUGGAUUCUGAUCUGAUGGAAAUCAAAUAUGACUAA